UUCUUGGAGACCGGGAGGUUGAGGAAAACCUUGGCCUGGCUGUGAGAAAUGGCCUGAGCAGAGGAGUGAAGCUAUGUCUGAAAGCUGGAGCCCAGAACCAGAUACCCAUCUGAGAUGUCACUCCCGUUGGCGACCGUUGCUCUAGGAGGUGGAGUGGGAGGAGUCAAUCCCUCCACUGCCUUCCAUGUCUGGAGCUUCAGGUGGACUUUAACCGAAAAGAGCUGGGAAGGGCGUUUUAGCCAGAGGGGGCAGGACCUGGCUUUGGACUCCACAGUGGGCCUGAGAGAGGCAUUGGCCUCCGCUUGCCAUGGAGAAGCUCCCAAGCUCCCUCCUCCCUCCAGGCUUGGAAAGGAGAAGGGGGGUCCAGAGGUUGCAGGAAGGCUGACUACGCGGGGCUCCCUGGUGGUCUGCAGAGAGCAUGGCUGUCGUACAAACCCAGCCUGAGAUGAGGUAGCCCACGUCCUGAGUCCUCUGCUUCCAGUUCCCUGAAGCUCAGCUGUGACCCUGCUGCCUGGCUGCCACUCCCCGUGUUCUCCAGUAGGCCUGGCAUCGCGCUCACCCCUGGGGCUGACCUUCUCUGCAGUGCCAGUGGCCUGCCACGCCCAUGUUUGCCUGUUCAGUGCUGGAACGGUGGUCCCCUCCAGGCUGGAUCUGGAAACCGUAGCAGACCUCAGGAGCUGGAACCAGGGCCCCAACGUGCACUGGAAUUUAGGGAUGUGGGGCAGGGUGUGGCACAGAGUCUUCCUCCUGGACUUGUGUUGGGACCACUGCGGCUCCCUGGUGGGCUGUCCUCCCUAGCAGGGUGUGGUCUUCUGCUUCCCCAGUUGGGAGUCACAUCCCUCCCUGUGACUCCGAUAUGUAUGAAAAGAGCAGGUUCUGGCUGGGGAGAGAACCUCCCGAAACCACUGUCCUUUAUCUGAGAGUGCUAGUCUACACUUUGACCCAUCUCACUGCUAGCCACAUCCACGCUAUCUGUCUGCUCAGCAGGCCAGAUUAUCUGGCCGUGAAAGCCCCAGGAAUAUGAGCUGUGGGGCCGUGAGGUUGAGACGGGGCAGGAUGAGCUCGUAGGACACCUGACAGCUCGAGCUGGGGCAGCAGGACUUGGAGUGAGGCCGCUGCGUCUCUGCACGGGAAGAAUGAUUAGAUCCCUGGGCACGUCAGUGUCCUCUGCCCACCGCCCACACCAAUGUCCCAGGGCCUGGAGGACAGUGUGGGCGCUGGCAGGAAUAGGGAGGAGGGGGGAAGGCAGAGGCCGGCUCUGGACUUCAUGGGCGCUCCUGGCUACCAGUAUCUCUUACUCCUGCGGUCUGACUCUUCCUUUUCUGACAUAUACACCACCCCCCCCAACUUAGACCCCCUGAGUAUCCGAACCCAGGUGCCCGGGCUGGCUUGGCACUUUCUGGGCCUGUUCCCUGGGCCAGAGGAGCGUCCACCCAGGGCCCCACUGAAGGGGUAGCCCCAGGGAACUGUGGGGGUGACGUGUUUGCUCCCCCACACCUCAGGAAUGUGCUGUCCCUUCAGGCCUGCCCGGAUUCCUGUGCAGGGAGUCAGCCCAACACAGCCCGCUGCGUGUGCCCUGUGGGGACACGCUCUGCCUCGCCAUCAAAGGGCUGGAGGCUGGAGGCUCGUGCCUGCUGCCACACCCCAGAACCCCACACCAGAGGCCAGGCUGCCCAGACAGAGAGGGGAGGCCACUCCUCUUCCCGCCCUCCCCACCCCCUCACCGUGCCUCCCGCCUCAGGCCCUGUUGGAAUGUGACAGGAGUCGUGGCCAGGGCAUGUCCCGACAGCGGGAACACAUGCUUUAGCCCGCAAGGCUUCCCUCAGCCCCCAGCUCUGGUUAGGUGGAUGGCGGAGGCAGAACUGCUAAUGCCCGGAAGGCCACCUGAGGUUGCUGCCUCCACCGGUCCCUGAGGCGGCUGCUGCCCCCGUGCUGCAGCCCAGCUCAUCACAGGUGGGGGAGAGGUCGGAACCCCAAGAACUUGGAGGGGACCUCACAGGCCACUCAGUCCAGCCACCUCUCUGCAGAUAGAGACAAGCUUAUCCGGUGAGGCAGGGACUAGCCAGGGCCACACCGUGUGUGAGAAGCAGCCCUGAGCCCGGAAGCCAGGUGUCUCAGCUCCCCAGACUGGGGCUUCCCACACAGGCCUUCCUAGCCCAGGCGCUAUCAACAUUGUGUGCCAAUAAUUCCUUGUCGUGGGAGGCUGCCCUGUGCUUUAUAGGAUGUUUAGCAGCAUGCCUGGCCUCUGCCCACUAGAUGCCGGUACCACCCACCCCUGGUGCGACAACCAAAAUGCCUUCAGAUAUUUGCCAGAUACCAGGGGCGGGGAAAGAAGGGGGCCGGGGAAGACCAAAGUCACCCUGGUUGAGAACCGUCAUUGCUCUAAAAUGCUGCCUUUUCCAGUUUUCUCUCCUGGACCUACCCCUUCUCCCCGUACAGUCUGUUCACCUCUGUUGUCCAUAGAACUAGUGUUUGGGCUCUUCUGGAAUCAUUGGUAGAAGGUUUCUCCCCACCCCAAGCAUCUUUUUCUAGGCUUUUUCCUGGUGUUUUCUUCUGCAACCCAUGUCCCCCAAAUCUCUGAGGAGUUGUUUUUAGACUUUGAGAGGCCCUGGAGAUGAACAGGACAGAUACGGGGUAGGAUAGGGACAAGACCAGACCAGACCUAUUCUGGAAUCAGGUGUGUGGUAAGCCAAGACCAUGGUCACACAGACACACCUGUGUCUCCCUGGGCCUGUGACACCGUUCAUGGGGAGCCCAGUGCUUCCACUCCGGUCCAGUCUCUAUGGCUCUCCCGCCCAGCUCUCCUGGGGGCACUGACAGAUAGGCGCUGACACCUGGUUUCUUGUUUUCUUCCCGUCUCCAGUUUCAGGAGCUGUUGGCCAGAGGAAGUGGCCGGGCCGUGGGAUGCGGAGAGCCGCAGGCUGACUCCCGGACAGUGGAACAGAGAGUGCUGCCGACAGACGGACGGUAUGUUCAUGCAGGUUGAAGAGCUCUCGCCUGCCAGGAUGACCAGUGCGGCCCCUGCUAAGAAACCCUACCGUAAGGCACCACCCGAGCAUCGUGAGCUGCGGCUGGAAAGUCCUGGCUCCCGGCUCGAGCAGGAGGAGCCGCUUACUGACACGGAGAGGAUGAAGCUUUUGCAGCAGGAAAAUGAGGAGCUCCGACGGCGCCUGGCCUCGGCCACCAGGCGCACUGAGGCCCUGGAGCGCGAGCUGGAGAUUGGGCAGGACUGCCUGGAGCUGGAGUUGGGCCAGAGCCGGGAGGAGCUGGACAAGUUUAAGGACAAGUUCCGCAGGCUGCAGAACAGCUACACGGCUUCCCAGAGGACCAACCAGGAGCUGGAGGACAAGCUGCACACGCUGAUUAAGAAGGCUGAGAUGGACAGGAAGACGCUGGACUGGGAGAUUGUGGAGCUGACCAACAAGCUGCUGGAUGCCAGGAACACCAUCAACAAGCUGGAGGAGCUCAAUGAGCGGUACCGGCUGGACUGCAACCUGGCCGUGCAGCUGCUCAAGUGCAACAAGUCCCACUUCCGUAACCACAAGUUUGCUGAUCUGCCCUAUGAGCUACAGGACAUGGUCCGGAAACACCUGCACAGUGGUCAGGAGGCCGCCAGCCCGGGGCCUGCCCCCGGCUUGGCCCCUGGGGCUGUGGUACCCACCUCGGUCAUUGCCCGUGUGCUGGAGAAGCCAGAGUCUCUCCUGCUCAAUUCGGCCCAGUCAGGCAGCACCGGGCACCCCUUGGCUGAGGAUGUCUUCGUGCAUGUGGAUAUGAGUGGGGGUGACCCGGGUGACUCAGCUAUCCCCCCAGCCCCAAGCAGCCCCAGCCCCCAACCCAAUGGGGAGUGCCACUCCCUGGGCACUGUGGGGGGCUCCCCGGAGGAGGAGCUGCCCCUGCCGGCUUUUGAGAAGCUGAGCCCCUACCCAGCCCCAUCUCCGCCACACCCACUGUAUCCUGGCCGCAGGGUGAUUGAGUUCUCUGAGGAUAAGGUGCGGAUCCCCCGCAACAGCCCCCUGCCCAACUGCACGUAUGCCACCCGCCAGGCCAUCUCCUUGAGCCUGGUGGAGGAGGGCAGUGAGAGGGCCCGCCCCAGCCCGGCGCCUAGCAGCCCUGCCUCGGCCCAGGCCUCCCCCCAGCACCAGCCCCACCCCGCCCCGCCGGCGCUCAGUGCCCCGGCCAGCUCUGCCAGCUCCGAGGAGGACCUGCUGGCCAGCUGGCAGCGGGCGUUUGUGGACCGCGCUCCGCCCCCGGCCGCUGUGGCCCAGCGCACAGCCUUCGGCCGGGAUGCACUCCCUGAGCUGCAGCGCCACUUCGCCCUUGGGCCCGCUGGCGGAGACGAGGAGGUGCAGGCACCGUCGUCCCCACCUGGUGAAAGUGGGCUGCUGCUGCCGCUGGAAGCUGACCCUGGCUCUCCCAGGGAGGAGGACGAGGAAGAGCUGAAUCUGCCCAUCAGCCCGGAGGAGGAGCGCCAGAGCCUGCUGCCCAGUGAUGCUGGCACGGAGGAGGGGCCCGGCACGCCUCGCGCUGAGGGCAGGGUGUGGGCACUGCCCAGCUCCAGCCGCCCCCAGCGCAGCCCCAAGAGGAUGGGGGUGCACCACCUGCACCGCAAGGACAGCCUGACGCAGGCCCAGGAGCAGGGCACCCUGCUGCACUAGGGCCCGGCUCGCCUUCCUGCCGCUGCUGCACGGGGACUGCAGGGCGCUCCUGCACUUGCAGCUCAGGGUCUCCGCCCAGCCCAGGCCCUUGACCUCUGCUCCCUGUGCGAACAGGGUCAGGCCACACCAGGCCUUUCAGCUGCAUUGACUAACUGGUAUCAGCUGGCCUCGUGGUUUUUCCCUCCUGGAAUAUUUAUUCUCCAAUGGUAACGUGCAGCUGGGGCUCAUGACCUUUCUUCCAGUCAGCCCAAAUCGGUCUGUUCUGGGGAGCUGAGGCGUUUAUUACAUCAGUGUUUAUCCUCCUUCCUCCUUUCAUAGCCACCCGUUUUUUUUUCCCCCUAGAGUGUAGGGGGUCAUUGGGAUUAUUAACCUCUAAGUUCUAGUUUUUGACCGGCUUCCCUCUCCUUCAGUCCCCUGCACGAGCUGUUGCCUUCACGGGGUCUAGCACAGCAGGCCCUCGGGGUGCGGGAGAGGGCUGACUCAGGGCUCCUCAGCUGUUUCCUCCUCCCUCUGGGAGGGAGUAGAGGGUGGGAUCCAGGGGCCUUAAACUGGGCUCUAGGUGAAGCCUGGCCCCACUCCCAACCUUGGCUCUAGACUGUUACUCCCAGCACUGGGAAAUUUUCACAUCGGUAACUAUUUUAAAAUUAAAUAAAACUAUUUUACUGGAAUGGC